UAUCCUCCUGGUGUAGAUUUGGUGCUGGUCCCAUCACAGUGGCUGUGCCCUGUUCAAAACGGCAGCUUUGCCACUUAUGCAGGAGGACGCCUAUUCCCAGGCCUACAUGGACAAAAUGCUCACUGCAGUGGCACAGAAUCACCUUUACUCUGUGAAAACGGAGGACCUCGGUGACACACUGCCAUCUCUCCAGGAAGUGCAGCUGUCCUAUUCGAAAUUCAAACAGUUCUUCCUCAUCGAUAAUUCAACAGAAUUCUGGAUGUCGGAUGUCAAGUGGUUUUCAUCCCUUGAGAACACUGGGUGGCUAGACAUCAUCAGGCAAUGUCUGCAGAAAGCUAUGGAGGUGGUUGAAUGCUUGGAGAAAGAAAACACAAAUGUCCUGAUCAUGGAGGAGGAGGGCUUGGACUUGUGCUGCGUGAUUUCCAGCCUGGUUCAGCUCAUGCUGGACCCCUACUACAGGACCCUCGCCGGCUUCCAGAGCCUGAUCCAGAAGGAGUGGAUUGCAGGGGGCCACAACUUCCAGGACCGCUGCAGUCAUCUUCACCAUAAGGAUAAAGAGCACUUGCAGGCCCCAGUGUUCCUGCUCUUCCUGGAGUGUGUGUGGCAGCUCUUGCAGCAGCACAGCCCCGCUUUCCAGUUCUCUGAAACCUACCUGACUGUGCUGUCGGACAGCGUCCAUGUCCCAGUCUUCUCCACAUUCCUCUUCAACUCUGCCCAACAGAGAGUCCAAAUGAUCACGGCUGAGUCCCCGCAAACACAAAGAGGUCCAUUGAACUGUCCCACGGUAUGGGACUGGUCGGUGCAGUUCGACUCCAAGGCGCAGGAAUUCUUCAUUAACCCUUUGUACACUGAGAAGCUGAGGGUGGAGAAGUCAACCAAGAAGUCGCAUCGACCCAAGCAUACGAGGCAGCUCUCCUUGCCCAGCUCUGCCUUCAAGACGCCCCCAAAGAAGGGCUUCUUCAAAGAAGAGGCAGACAGCCUGAAGAAGAUGCUGCGCGUCAAGCGGUUGAGCCGCUGGAUGCUGUCACCGGACGCCAUGCCACAGGCGUCCGCGCGCGAGUUCUACGAGGCCUGGCAGCGUCGGCCUCUGGACUACCACGGCAUGGUGCUGCCGCGGCUGGACGGGCCUGCCGUGCGCCUGUGGAUGCAGCGCUACCUGCGCUGGAUCCCCGAGUCGCAGAUCUUGGGCGGCGGCGGCGUGGCCCUCACCAGCCGCCUGACCGAGCUCCAGGUGGAGGUGCGGGAGCUGCUGCGCCGGCUCGAGCGCCAGGGCCGCGGGCCGCACCACACCGACCACCACCACACUGCCCUGGCACUGCAGCCCCCGCUGCCUCCAUACCCGCUGCUGCCGCGGGUGCGCCUAUCCUCGUCCUACCCCUUCACCUCCAUUCGGAACUGGUCCUACAAACCCGUCAUCCCUACCAGCAUGCUGCAGAGCCUGCAGAGCCUCACAGACCCAGACAACAUGGCGGACAAGGAGGACGAGUACACAGAGACCAUUAGUUUGGUAUAGGGAUCCACUGCGACUGUGCGCACGGGGUAUGACCCAGUGGUCCUAGCUACAGGGUAACAGAGGUCUCCACUUCCUGUUACAGUGUUUGUCAUGGUAUAUCAUUGACCCAAACCAUGGAGUCCUAUAUGAGGGAAGUGUGGGGUCCAACCCUUACUGUAACAUAACCUGAACACUGAACACGUGAUGCCAAUCCAAGAGGAGUUUUUCCACCAAGUCACUGUGCUGUUGAAUAUAGCUGGUUUCAACUAAGAAUGUUGUUAGAUUGACAUCUAAGAUCAAGCUAGAUUUGACUACCGUCCUAUUGCGCUUGUACUGAACAUCACAACUGAGUAUGAAUUAUUAUGUGAUAACUGCACUCACAAUCUUCCAAAAAUCUGAAGGUUUUUUUAUUGUAUUUUACUUUUACACUAGUCUCUACACUGCUCAGGGCUUAUAGACAUCAGUGUUGUUAUAUGAAAAACUGAGGCAUUGCAGUCUUUGUUUCAAACAGUCUUCAUACAAAGAGUCAUUUUGGCUCCAUGUGAGAUUUGUGUGUGUUAAUGUUUUUCCCUCAUAGCCAUAGCAUCAAAGCAGAGACCAAAUACAGUGUCUGAAAUUGAGGACUAGUGACUGUUAAUUCCUUACGAAGGGACAUAUCCAUGUUAUGGAUGUUUUGUCUGUAGACUUCACCAUGAUUGAUAAUUUACCUGUAACCUAAUUAUUGUUACUUUUGUUUACCAGUGCCACCGUAAAUUGUUACGUAUGUCAGCUAUGGCAACCGUUUUUCCAUCCGAGUAGUCACUGUAGGUGUGAAUUUUUUCUUUGGGUUCAUUUUGGAUUUGUUUUUAGCGCCAUCCACUGGAAAAGAGGUGAAUCAUGGACCUAAGUAUGAGUUUUAAAGUAAAGGCUUAAUUCCUGGUAGAGCAACUUGGGUAAUAGGGAUUCCUGUUUGUCCAAUGAGUAUUUAUACAUCUGAAUAUUUACACUUACACUUUGUUUUGAAAAUGUACAAAGGAGGAAGUCUUUAAAGGGGAUCCAAUUAAUUGAUUUUUUUUUUUUUUUAACAAUAGAUGCACAAAAUUAUAUUUUCAGUCAUGUUGGAUUCUCAAAUUAUGACACACUGACUAUGCACUUAUAAAACACAUAUGACUGUUUUGUUAGUGAAUUUGUUUAAAUUGAGGAAUUUAAAGCAAAAUUGUUAAAGUAUGAAAUCUAAACAGAUACUUCGUACACAUGUAUGUAUUCUGUCUUUACCUCUGUAUGAAAUAUGAACUACUCAACUUAGGCAUUAUAAUGCCAAGAAGCUCUUUUGAAUUAUCACUGUAUGCCUUUUACUACUCACUGUAUGCCUGUAACUACUCACUGUAUGCCUGUAGAAAUAGCGAUGGUGCCUAUAAAACCAAUUGCUCUGCUGCACAACUGUAUUAACUUUAGCACUGAGAUAUGAUUGAGUGAAAUUCCUUAACAAUAGUGUUCUGAUACUAAUAAUAGAUAUAUCAUGCUAGCAUGCUCGUUGUCUUAAUCCUUAGCACUAUAGCUAUCCUGUUGUCCGACACUGAAUUAGUCGCUUUAAUAAACCAACUUUGUUCACUGAGUUUAAAUACCAAUGUUCAGAAUGCCUGUAAAAGCAUCUUUCUUUUACCCCACAAGUUUUAAAAAUAUGUAUGCAGCCCGUAUUUGAUUAUCAGCAUCGCUUUGUAUGACAGACCCUUGAAAUAUUACUUUCACAUUGUUGAGUCAUUUUUAAAUGGCAAUGUGUUAAAUGUCAAAUAAAUAUAAAGAAUGUAGUUCCUAAUGCAAACUGCCAAGAAUGUGGUUUUCAUAGCUGUAUACUGUAAAAAAAAAAUAUAGACUAGCUUUGUACUACAUACAGUGUUACACUAAACCUUUCCUGACAGGGUAGUGUGAGAAUCAAAACAAAUCUCAUGCUAAACAAGUGUUUAAUACAUGAAUUGCCAAUUACAUGUAAUCUUGCCUUGCAUGUAUCCUGGGUCCUCAGCACUGACUCCACAUUUGAGUUAAUGUGUUAAAUGCGGACCGCUAUUCUUCACUUAUAAACCUCCUUACCUGAGAACUGCCACUUCCAUUAAGACACAUGGCCCUUGGAACAUACUUUUGCUGUUAUCUGUCCUAAUAAAACUUAAGUCUGUUGGAACCAUAA